CAACCAUCUUGUCUUCAUCGCCUGUAUAAUCACCAUUUCCUUACAAUACCCGCAACACCUUAAUCACCAUGUUGUCGCUCCGCACGCUCGCACGCAGCGCUCCGCGAACAGCAGCUCGCUUCGCCUCGACAUCGAUCGUCAAGCCAUCACCCUUCACGUCAACCAUCCGAUCGCAAAUCAGCCAACAGAUCUCCCGAAGCGCCCUCUUCUCCACGUCACGAGCACGCUUCGAUGAACACUCACAACAACUCGCUGUCAAGCUCGAAAGCGAAAUCAGCAUCGAAAAUGAUGAAUCGGCUGCACAGGCGGGCUCCGACCAGAACAUUGAACAGUUCAAGGCCGAGAACCCCUUCUGGUCCAUCGAGGAUGUUGCAGGCGAGCAAGACGUAUUCCUGACCCGCAAGUACGAGGAUGAGCAAAUCACUGUCCACUUCUCAAUAGCAGACUUCAACUCCGAGAUGGAAGACGACAGCUAUGGAGAGGACGACAUGGCCAUGGGGGAUGAAGAGGACAUGGAGAUGCAGUCGGGAGGCGCCAACACGAAGGGUUCCAUCAACAAGGGCGGCAAGGCUGAUGGAAACUUCAGGGUCGCCCCUGAAGAUUCGGUUGCGCCAGCUGACCGGGAGGAGUUGGCCGAUGAGGACUCUGGUGAUGUGCCACAACAAUUCCCCGUCGCCGUCACGGUUCUCAUCCAGAGACCGAACAAGGGCGCCCUCAAAUUCUACCUCACUUCGAGCGACGGCGACUUCAUGAUCAACCAGCUGGUGCAACUACCAAAGGAUGUCAAGGGCGAUGCGAAAGCCCUGAUCCGCGAAAACCCUGAACACCUCUACGCUGGACCACCUUUCCAGCAGCUCGAUGAGGAGUUGCAGAGUAUCCUGGAGAGCUACCUCAACGCACGAGGUGUUUCCGAGUAUCUCGCUCAGGUUGUGCCAGACUACAUUGAUGUCAAGGAGCAAAAGGAGUAUCUCGGCUGGUUGAACCGAGUUAAGGAAUUUGUGGAGUAAAGUCCUCGUGUGGGAAAGACCGAAGGAUAAAAAGUAGGAGAACCAAAACAUGCCUGAGAGCCAGCCACAAGGCUUUGCCGAAAGAUGGCACGCCCGGUUGAAGGGGACGCAACAGCAGAGAUGAUGACGACAGCAUCGAGGCUCCGGGGGGGAAAUGGCGAAGGGCGAAAGCCAGAUUAGUACGUGUAUGAUGUUCGUUCCGAUGCACCGGUUUUGUACAUCAGUUAUAUCACAAUAUGACCAAACUCAUCUCAAGAUGGUGUCAAGCAG